AUGAUUUCCAGCACUGCCGUUAUGGCAUUCGAAUGGACAAUCCUUGUCCUUGCAUAUUUCCUUGUCGCCUGCCGUGUCUACGUCCGCAUGUUCAUACGAGGCGUUGGCUUGCACGCAGCUGACUACUGGUUGAUCGUCGGCUUGGUGUCAUGCCAAGGUCUCCUCAUUUGCGAUACCCUGACAUUCCGAAUGCAUGCCAUGGAUGACUUUGUACUUGCAAAUAACAGUAUACCUAUCAAGAAGAUCCGAUUCGCGACGAACUACUUCUUCGACACGGGCAUAUACUUUCCAAAGUUCAGUAUCAUCGCCUUUUACUUCAAUUUGGUUCCCAUUACGAAUCCACCAAUGAGACGCGCCCUAUUUGGGUUGACUGGUAUAACGGUGGCCUUUGCGCUUAUUACCGUCUUUUGCGAUACUUUUUGGUGUGGACCUAACCCUUCAGUUAACUGGGCUGAAGGAGAGCAAACAUGCACUGUCUUCACGUCGAUGACGCUCAUGAGACUGAACUGGGCUUUGAACUUUAUAACGGAAGUACUCAAUCUUGUAUUUCCUAUCCCAUUAUUGCAAGGCCUCAUGACCUCUACACGGAAAAAGAUCGGACUAGCUGUCGUCUUUGGAAUGGGAAUAAUCACCAUCGCCGUCAGUAUUGGCAGAUUCGUCACAAUGCUCUACGUCCACAAUGACAUUUCCAUUUAUAUUUGGGCCACUGCCGAAAUCUGCAUCUCUGUCAUGAUUGUCGCCCUGACAGCUCUACGGCCCCUCCUUCGAAAGAUGACCAACUCGGUGUCAACGAGCAGCGACGAUCGCUCUGGUAAUCCGUCGAGGAAAACGGGGUUGACAAGGAACUCAGUAUACUGGCCGGGAGGGAACAAGAUUCCCCGUAGGCAUGUGGUAGAAGUGGGCUCGGAGAGUUUGGCGGGAAGCGAGACAGAGUUGAAUACCAUGAAUAGGGGAAUUAUGAUGACGAAACAGGUCACUGUGUCGGUUGGCAAUGCAGAGUCUGAUGUGGGUAGUAGCAGAUCAUAG